GAAUACAGCAUGAGUGCAAGCCACUCACCAUGAAUUUAACAACAGAGCAGACACUGACCUAUCGCCGAGCAUGUCGACCAACGCAACAAACAGCAAAUGUCAACCCACUGACGACUUGUGUGAGGUGGUGACAUAUCGGCUGGACGUGAUCGUGGUGCCGACGGUACUCCUCGGAAUCAGCGCGAUCAUGCUAAUCAUCAUGUUCGUCUUGGCUUACUGCCACCGCCAAAACGUGGCCUUGCCGCGUUACCGCAGGUCCCUUCGCCAGCGAGCGCGCCACCUGCAGGGCGUCGACGCGCCCCCUGGAAUUGAUCCAUUGGAACACGAGGAGGUGCCAAUGGCCGUCCACCGGCGGGCGGACGGUGCGAACGGGCCUCUGGGCUCUUUACGGCAGGUGGUGGCGCUCCCGCGCACGCUGUCCGUCGCUAGCGACGACAGUUUCGGACUCUACCGUGCGCGAAUGGACGACAAGGACGUCGUGCUAAGGGUGCUCAAAGACUCAGCCAGCACGGAGGAACGACGUCACUUCCUGAGUUUUGCCUCCUUCGUGUCGGGCUUGGGGCCGCACCCAUUUCUGCCGGUGCUGAUGGGCGUGGUCUCCCAUCCACCACCCGUUAGGAUGGUGAUGGAAGAGAUGCAGCACAGAGAUCUGCUGGGCUUCUUGUGGAAAUGCAGAUAUAGCAUCAAUAACCAAAACGUGUCGGCAUACAAUAUGACAGAAAAGCGACUCUUCACCAUGGCAGCACAAGUAGCUUCUGCCCUGGAGUACCUGCACAGCCGGCGUUGCGUUCACGGCAACGUAGGCGCUCGCAGCGUCCUGGUGGGUGGGGACCUGACGGCCAAACUGUGGGGACUAGGUGCCGCCCACCGCCGCCGAAGCCGGGCGCCCGCGUCGCCGGGGUCUGAGCUGAAGAAGUGGCAGCCGCCUGAAGUGUUGGCCCGCCGAGACUUCAGCCCCAGCGGAGACGUGUGGUCCUUUGGGCUUCUGCUUUAUGAAAUGAGCACAUUGGGUGAGCCCCCGUUUGCCGAGGUGCACUCUACUAACCUCCUACAGCACCUCCAGAGAAGAAAUUCUCUCCGCCGUCCGGCGGGGUGCUCUAGCGCACUUUUCGCCAUCAUAUCGUCAUGCUGCCAGUGGAGCCCUCGACAGCGCGUCACCGUGGCGACGCUGCUGGAAAAGCUCCAAGCGGGCGCCAGGAAGGCUGACGGGCGGACGCCCAUUCGAGCCGCCGCCCCCAUUGACGUGGAACGCUACAUGCGGCAGGCGGGCUACGGGGACGCCUACAACUACGCACUGCUCUGAUAGGACCACACUGAGCAAAUUUGCUGCUAAAUGGACAAAGACUGACAACAAUAUUUUUCUACUGUAAAUACGUGAUUCAGGAUAUUAUAUGAGUUUUAUGGAAGUUGAUGUGUGAGCGCUUUGUAUACACACACAAGUGUCAGUUGUGCAUGUGAGGGAAUACUUGCCCGGUUAUGUCUGAAAUUGUUUUAGCCAGGGGUGAAAGUGGGCGGGAACGGUCUGGAACGCAGUUCCGGAAUAAGAUUCAGGGCCGGAACGCAGUUCCAGUAUAUGGUGCUUUGAUUCAGAAAAUAUGACAGCAACUGUCAAAACGCUAUGUAAAAACAAAACAAUACAAAGCUGCCACACAUGCAUUUCAUCUCCAAGAAGAAAACAGUCUACCAACAUCAGAUUUACAUACACAAGUGUAAACAGUAAGCAUAAUAAAGUGCUUGUGUAGGGUAAUCCUUUUCCACUGAUAUUUAUUAUUUAUUUUAUUCCACGGACGGUAUGGAGGUUUCCCCAGCUGCUGCACUUAUCCGAGUCUGACGAUGACGAGUCCCGUCAAUGUGCGAAUGCAAGCAGCAAAGCAAAACGCCUGGACUCAUUUAUCCGUUACAGUAAAUUCGCUGACAUACUGAAAUGUGAUCACCAGAGAUAGUUAGCUCUGAUUGGUUCAAAUGUGCAUGUUUUCUGGAAAAAAAAGGGAAUGCAACAGAAAAUGGAUCAAAUCUUUUAUAGCAAGGAAAGAGUUAAGGUGGCUAUUAUAUUUAGUUUUAUUUGGUCUGAUGGGGAGGUUCAGAACAUUUUAGCUGUCACUGUGCACUUUGAACUUAUAUUUGUUCAUUUAUGUUAGGCUACUUAUUCAUUUCCUUAUGAUUUAAAAAAGUCAAUGUUUGUGGAUCUUCAAAAUAUAUUCCAUUUCACUUUGCAUAAUAUAAGUCAUUUGUACUUAUUUUUCUGAAUGUAAGUUACUUAUAUCUUUAUUAUUAAUAAACACAACAAAAAGUAAAUGUUUACAUUAUCUUCAAUU